AUUUAAACGUCAUCACCGGAAGUGGCAUUUAGAUUAGUGUGACAAGCUAGCUACAAAACAUCUUAUCUAUAGUCUGAAUACCAAUGUUAUGCAAAUGUUUAUUUCUAUUUCAAGUUGACAAGCAAUAUAGUCAUCAGGGGAAUAAUUUGCGGUCCUCGCGGUGUUCGUGACAUGUAUUUUGUCUGUACAAACCUGUUGCUUCCAAAAUGUGCAUCUUUAACAGAGCUAGUGUUAGCUAGCUUGAUAAUACUGUACCACAGAACAAUGAGGUUAAGUUAUGCACAUCUUUGACUGUACUGUCGUUGGUACCAGUCUGCCUGCUCCAACUCAGCUGUCACAACUGUCUCUGUAUCGAGUUCUCCAACACCAACAUGGAAAAGGACUUCUCAACCUUGUCAGGGUGUGGACAAGACUAGUAAAUUAUUCUCAAACCAACACUGCGCAAUAAGGAUCCAGCAUGUUAAACUCAGGGUUCAUCCCAAUAUUUUUCAAGCUGAGACAAUAACAGCACUUCUGCAUUCAUCUGUGGGAGUCACAGCAUGGGUAUCCUGAGGGUUCUAGUCAACACUAUGGGUAGAGUCAGCACCUUCAGGUCCUAUCAGUUUGUCCUCCUCCUCACGGCUGCACUGGCCGUUGUAGCCUUCUAUUUCUUUGGCUCAGAGAGGCAUGAUUUCUCCAGCACCACCAAGCGCAUCAAGCAGACCCAGGCCAGCCACAACACCAACCGGAACGACGCAGACCUUUCCCUGGACACCAGGCUGGUGCACCCUGAGGGAGGAGAGUUGGAGAGGGAUGGAGAGGAGGGUGAAGUCAGGGCCAGGAGGGCAGACAGUGGGCAUGAGGUCAGCCAGUACUACCAUGCCCUCAUGAUGUUCACGAAGGUGGACAAGAGCCGAAGCCUGCAGGAGAAGUUCCGGGUGGCCAUGUUAUCCAUGGCGAAAUACAGCCUCUUCCUGGACAAAGAGGUGCUUGUCCUUCAUUUUGUGAGCGAUGAGGCCAGCCGAGAGUUGGGCGAGAGGAUGCUCCCGGAGCUGCUCCUCGUCGGAACUUUUCAGUAUGAGGUGGUGUUCCAUGACGUGGGGGUCCUGAGCCAGAAGCUCUUCCCCAUCGUGGAGGCCAUGCAGAAGCACUUCAGCGCCGGCUCCGGGGCCUACUAUAGUGACGCCAUCUUCUUCCUGUCAGUGGCCAUGCACCACAUCAUGCCCGCAGAUCUGCAGCGCAUUGUACAGCUGGACCUGGAUCUGAAGUACAGGAGCAACAUCAGGGAGCUGUUUCUGGAGUUUGAUCGAUUCCCUCCCGGAGCUGUGAUCGGCAUCGCCCGAGAGAUGCAGCCGGUAUACAGACACACCUUCUGGCAGUACCGUAAGGAGAACCCUCAGUCCCGUGUGGGGGAGCCUCCUCCCGACGGCUUGCCAGGCUUCAACAGUGGCGUGAUGCUGCUGGACCUAGGGGCCAUGCGGACCUCAGCCCUCUACAACCAACUCCUGGAGCCCAGAAACGUGGCCCAGCUGGCUGACCAGUACCACUUCAGGGGCCACCUGGGGGACCAGGACUUCUUCAGCAUGAUCGGCAUGGAACACCCAGGGCUGUUCCACCAGUUGGCCUGUGGCUGGAACCGCCAGCUGUGUACCUGGUGGAGGGAGCAUGGAUAUGGGGAUGUGUUCCAGCUCUACUACCGCUGUGAGGGGCCGGUGUAUAUCUACCAUGGAAACUGUAAUACGCCCAUACCCGAUGACUGAGUUGGGACCUCGUAAUAUAUUUCCCUAAAUGGUGGGUCUGUUUUGUGGUGAACUCAUUGGAGGUUUUGGCUCAAGACUGGGUUCUGGAGAGAAAAAAGAUAUUAGCUACACAACUUUCUGGGUCACAACAAAACUCCAAAAGGUCUUAGUUUAGCCAUGUGGCAACAAAAGUUUUGGAAUCGAAACCAUUUCUGUACUGUACCACUGCUACUGUAAACAUUGCUCCCACUCCUGCCCCCUGCUGGACAGGUGUGCAAUACAGUCAGUACAAGGCAUCUCACUCACUCCACUAAUGUCAAGUGAUGCUAAUGAUAAACGUGGAGCAUAAAGAGACCUUGCUGGUGAAAAUUGCCGAAUGCCAUACUUUGUUCUCUCAGUUCACUUUUUGGAACAUUUAACAUUCUUGAAGAAUGUUGGACUGUGGUGCAAAAAAUAAUGGUUAGCGUGCAUAAGAGAAAAUGGCAAACCUUCACCAACAAAAAUAACUCUUUACAUAGAAUAUUCCUGACAAACUGUAAUAAUACCCUGGUGUAAUGUAUGAGAGAAUAUGAGCUGAUUAGUGUGAGUAUUUUAUCUGUGCUAAUGUGUGUUUGCUGUGUAUCAUGGUAGUCAGUCUGGAUUUGUCUGUCUCUCUCUCUUUUCUCCCUCUAAUCAGCGCAAGAUUAGGUGAGGGUUAACAAUCAGUGCUCAUUCACAUGUAGUUCAACUAGUGAUUUAACUACAUUUUGCAGUAGCUUGGUGGUAGUUUAACUAAAUUCGAAUCUUGGUAGUGUUUUCAGUAGUUAAUUACUUGUUUUGCUAUGUAGGGAUGUAGAUAACUACUGGAAUUACACACUACUUAUUUUGCAAAAAUAAAAUAUAUGUGCUGUAUGCAAUCAUUUCAUUUCUUUUACAAAGCAUCAGACCUGCCUAAAUCUCACUUGAAACAUAAUUUUUGUGUUAAAUAGGCUAAAUUACACCUUCUGGUUGCAUAUCACCCUAAAGUGUAGUCUAUGGCAUUUCAGAUUUGUUCACCUAGUAGUGUGGAUUUAGUGAAGUACUUUUUCAAAGUAACUUUAGUUAAAUUAACUAUAUAUUUUUUAAGGGUAGCUUUAGUGUAGUUUAACUUAUUCCAGUGUGAAGUAAUUGGUAGCUUGGUAAACUAUAUUUUCAGAGUAGCUUCCCUGUUGUUUACCAAUGCUGGACUCUUUUCUGGCAGGGUGAGUGGGCAGGAAGUACGACGCACUGACACCCACUAGGACAUCCCAGUGACUGCGUAAUGGAGAGAAAAGAGGGGGAGGGGAGAGGGCGGUACAGGUGAGGGAUGAUGGGCUACACAUACAGAUGCUUGGCCCACACACAAACAUAUAUUUUCGAGUGAGAUUUAGCCACCAUUGUGACUACAUAUUGACCCCGUUUUGUUUGUCUCUGUGUUACCUGGAGCUGACGUUAAUAUAUAUGCCAUUUAGCAGAUGCUUUUAUCCAAAGCGACUUAUUCAUGUGUGCAUACAUUUUACGUAUGGGUGGUCCCGGGAAUCUAACUCACUCUCCUGGCAUACUCUACCCACUGAGCGACAGAGAGUAGCAGAAAUCCCACUCAGGAACUUUGAUAUUUACCUUUAUUUAACUAGGCAAGUCAGUUAGGAAACCAAUUCUUAUUUUCAAUGACGGCCUAGGAACAGUGUCAGUUCUGUCAGGGGCAGAAUGACAGAUUUGUACCUUGUCAGCUCGGGGGUUUGAACUUGCAACCUUCCGGUUACUAGUCCAACACUCUAACCACUAGGCUACCCUGCCGCCCGAUAUGCCAGUAGAGCAGGGUUCCCCGACUGAUUUUAUUUGGCGCCCCAAAUUUUCUGAGCAAAUCAUUUUUUUAUUGUUAGACAUAAAAGGCUGUAAAAACCCCAGCAAAGGAGCUCCAAGUGAUAACAUUUUUAGACAUCUGUUCCAAAGUAUUCCCCAAAAAUAAUAGAGAGAUAUGUGAUUGUAUACAAAUGUAAGCAAGGUUUGAAAUUAUUAUGUUUCAGUGAAAUAUUAUAUCUGUUUGGGCUUCUUGCAGUCAAUUUGCAGUUAUUUACAAAUUAUUUGUAAGUUACAGACGCAAUUUAACCUCCCAUGUUAUUGUAAUGUUGAGAGGUUAGCAUGACACACUACAUUAUUUACCAUUCAUUUCUAUUGGGCACAAAAUACUCUGAAACACAACUAAAACAAACAUCAAAUUCAUCCAACAAAUUCGUAGUCACAAGCUUAAUGUAGUCGUUGCGUGCUAUGAAUAUGGGACAAAAUACUUCACUUUUUACUACUUUAAAACAUAUAUAAGUGAAUGUCCCAAUAUUUUUGGUCCCCUAAAAUGGGGGGAUUAUGUAUAAAAGUCCUGUAAUUUCUUAACGGUUCACCCGAUAUGGAUGAAAUUCCGCUCAAAUUAAAGCUGACAGUCUGCAGUUCAACCUGUUAGUCAUUGUACCAUUUCAAAUCUAAAGUGCCGGAGUACAGAGCCAAAGAAACAAAACAUUUCACUGUCCCAAUACUUUUGAAGCUCACUGUACAUAAGUCAUCUGAAGGCAAGCUAAUGAGGUCACUCUUUUUUGGAUUUGGUCCAUUGUAUGUACCCUGCGAGUCUAUAGAGCAGACUAAGUACAGUUGAACCUAGCAAUCAGCCUGCAGGUAAGAGGAAUCGACUGCUCUGACACAUCAACCUGUGUACAGUGUGUUGUAAUGCCAGAUCAUAUCAAGGUUAAGGAUAAGCCACUCCAGAACAUAUAGAAUAACAUGCAAUAGGAAAGAUCAUCUGCUAUUGUUGUAUGAUGACGGAGCCAAAGUCAUGUCUUUUUUAAAUUUGUUGAGUGAGACUGAAUCUCUUGUAUUUUGUGUUGUUUUUUUGUGCUUGUCAAGUUAACGUCUAGGUUUGGCUCUGGGUUAUGUCUUUUACAUGUUUUUGUGUUGCUGCUUUUGUACUGUACUUUUUUGGUUUUUGAAAGGUUAACCAUUGUCUCAUUUAGGUAAUGUGGAUGUGCAUAUGAUUAUUAGCUGUGUUCUGUUGUAUUGUGGUAGUGUCAGUGCCACUCGUUUGUGUCAUAUUGUGCAAUGAAAUUUCAAAGGGCAGGGGUUCAGAAGACCCAACUAUACUUUCUCUCAAGUGUCUUUAAAUUAUCUGGCUGCAUUUCAAACCACUGAAUGGCCGCAAAUGAAUGUAGGAACCCCAAAAUGUUAUGUUAUGUUUUCUUCAAGGGCAUAUUCAGCAAAAACGGGUACUCAACACAAUAAACGUAUAUGCACUACGUACUGUAUUUAAAACAAAUCGCAAUAAUGCAAUCUGUGCACAGCAUUUUCAUAACCGGUCUCCUCGAAGAUACCACUUUAACAUUGACUGACAAGGAGUAUGUCAUACUUCUAUGCCGCAUUCUUCUCUACAUUGAAUGGUAACCACGUUGUCACUUCUGAUACUUUUCUGUAAUAUUUACCUUUGCCACCUUGAAAGGAUCUCUAAUCAGUCUUUCACGUACCUUGGUUUUUAUCAUAUUUGCUGAAUAAAUCAUCAAAACAU